UUUGUUAUCGAUAGGUUAAGCACAUCGAUUUAUUCGCUGCAUAAACCAACGAAAGAUAGUAUAAACAAAAUGAGUAAAAAUAACAAAGUUGUCUGGACCGAUGAGAUUUUGUUUUUUAUAAUCAAACAUGUGAAAGUGGCGCCGUUCGUUUGGGACCACUCCCAUCCGCAAUUUGCAUAUAAAUCAAAAAAGGCAAAAUUCUGGUCCCUGUUGGCAGAAAAAGUCAAUGCAUACGGUGGAUUUUUUUCAGCCACACCAAUUACAAAGGAGGCAUUGCAAAAAAAAUGGACAAACAUGAAAACUUACUAUUUGUUCGAGGAGAGCAAAUCAAGGAGAAUCGGAGCAGAUGCUGAUAACUUCAGUACCACCUGGAAAUUUAGGUCAACAUUAUCGUUCUUAAGCUCAGCUCUGGACACACCAGCAUCUCGACCACAGCAACAACCAACUACAUCGGAAGUGAGCACAUGUGGCGGCACUAUUCUACCUGCCAACCCAAGCGAGAGCAGUUUUGAUCUAUCCGAAGAUGAUCCACUUGCUACACAAGAUUGCCUGCCACCAAAUAUCACGAUAAAAACAGAGGAACCGUCAGCCGAAGAUCCGCCAGCGUUAAGUGAGCAUGAGAAUGAAGAGGAAGAAGAAGAACCAUUGUCACCUGUUAGAAAAAGGCCAAAAGAGGCCACAAUCAUGGAAGUGCGAACACCUAGGAAAGCACACAAAUCAUAUUUUUAUCAUUAUGGCAUGACAGUUGCUCAGGAUUUGGAUCAACUGGAUGAGGAUUACAAAAUAGACGCUAAACUGGAAAUAAUGCAAAUUAUUGCCAAAUACAAAAGAGAACAAUACUUGAAUCAAACCGACAGUUAAUAUAAUAAAAUUAAAAAUAAAAAAGAUCAUAUUUUUCAAUUUGAUUUAGAAACUGAGCCAGUUCGUUUCCCCUGUUGAGAAUGCGUGCACAAAACGUAAUAGAAUUUGCUAAUCACAACAAAAAGGAAAAAAUGGUAUUCGUGAUGUUUCACAACACUGACAAUCGCUUGCGAAACAUCGUUAGUUAUCGAUAACCACAUAAACAGCUGCGAGCAGCAGCAGCAGCAGUCCAAGCACCAGACUUCAAAGGAAACUGUCUGCUCUGCA